AUGUACCAGAAAUCGCUCCUCUUGGCUACCGCUCUUCUAGGCUCUCAUGCCCGAGGUGCUGUGCUCCCUCGCGCAAGCAUUGACCAUGAUGCCGUCGUGGGAUUCGACCAGACGGUCCCCAGCGGUACCACUGGUGAGGUCUACCUGGCUUACCAACCGGAUCUGUAUGUGGUCAAUGGAUGCGUGCCAUUCCCAGCGGUAGAUGCCGAGGGUAAUACGAAUGCCGGCCUCGAGCCUACGGGGGACUCUAGUGGAAAUUGUUCUAGCAGUACCGGACAAAUCUAUGUGAGAGGCGGCACAUCCGGGGACUAUUAUGCCCUCAUGUACUCUUGGUACUUCCCCAAAGACGAGCCAUCCACUGGCCUAGGUCAUCGCCAUGAUUGGGAGGGUGUUAUUGUCUGGUUGUCCGAUUCCACGUCCACGUCCGCUGAUAAUAUCGUGGCGGUUUGCCCGUCCGCACAUGGUGGCUGGGACUGUUCGACAGACGGUUACACACUUGAUGGCACCAGCCCCUUGAUUCAAUACUACAGUGUCUGGCCCGUGAAUCAUCAAUGUGGGCUGACAACCACUGUCGGCGGUACACAACCCCUGAUCGCCUGGGAGAGUCUUCCUACUGCUGCGAGUACAGCAUUGGAAGACACGGACUUUGGAGACGCCAAUGUCCCAUUCAAGGAUGCAAACUUCUCAUCCAACCUCGAAAAGGCCAGUUUUUGA